GUAAACAAGCCCCUGGUUCCCGGUGGCCGAGGAAGUGGGCGCCCUCUGUUCUCUCCCCGGAGCCGGGAAGGUGGGGCCAGGUUGUGGCCACCGCGUGCAGAGACCGCUUUUCUCAGCCACCGGACAACCGACGUUAGCCCAGGAGAAGCCAGAAGCGCCAUUGUGAUGCAGCGGGAUGGGUGGAGCCAUCAAGUCUCAAUUUAGAUCUCUCUGCUUUUAGGCGCGCCCAUUUCAGAUUGCUAAACCCUGGCGCGGAGUGGGGGGGUGAGAGGCAGGCAGGAGGUGGCCAGCCACACCCCGCAGGGCGCACACUCGGUGGGCUGCAGACCCCGCGGGCAGACGCCGAGAUGCGCAGCCGGAGCCUCCUGAGCGCUGCCCACCUUCUCUGCGUGUGCGCCGCCGCCGCGCUGGCCGCCCCGGGGUCCCGCUUUCUGGUGACAGCUCCAGGAAUCAUCAGGCCCGGAGCAAAUGUGACAGUUGGUGUGGAGCUUCUGGAACAUAGCCCCCCACAAGUCACUGUAAAGGCUCAGGUGUUCAAGAAGGUUUCCAACAGAUCGGUCCCCGUCCUAGAAGCAGAGGGAGUCUUUGACAGAGGCUUUUUCAAGAUUCUUACCCUUCCAUCACUACCUCUGAACAGUGCAGAUGAGAUUUAUGAACUACUUGUAACUGGACGUGCCCAGGAAGGGAUUUUAUUCUCCAACAGCACACGCUUAUCGUUCGAGACCAAGAGAAUGUCUGUCCUCAUUCAGACCGACAAAGCACUCUAUAAGCCAAAACAAGAAGUGAAGUUUCGUGUGCUCACACUUUUCCCAGAUUUCAAGCCUUUUAAGACAUCGCUGAACAUUUUCAUUAAGGAUCCGAAGUCUAAUUUGGUUCAACAAUGGUUUUCUCAGAAAGGUGAUCAUGGAGUCGUCUCCAAAACUUUUCAAUUAUCUUCUCAUCCAAUACUUGGUGACUGGUCCAUUCAGGUUCAUGUGAAUGAUCAGCAGUAUUAUCAAUCAUUUCAAGUCUCAGAAUAUGUGUUACCCAAGUUCGAAGUUACUUUGCAGACACCAUUGUAUUGUUCUUUGAAUGCUAAGAAUUUAAGUGGUUCCGUCACAGCAAAGUAUACCUACGGGAAGCCAGUGAGGGGAGAUGUAACACUUACAUUUUUAUCUUUAUCCUUUUGGGGACCGAAGAAGAAUAUCACAAAAACCUUUGAGAUACAUGGAUCCACAAGCUUCUCUUUUGAUGAUGAGGAGAUGAAGAAGGUAAUGGGUUCCUCAGAUGAACAUUCUGAACACAUGGGCCCAUUCAUCCCUGGGCCCAUAGAGAUUGUCGCUACUGUGACGGAGUCACUCACAGGUAUCUCAAGAAAUGCAAGUGCCAAUGUGUUUUUCAAGCAAUACGACUACAUCAUUGAGUUUUUUGAUUAUGCGACUGUCUUGAAGCCAUCUCUCAACUUCACAGCCACUGUGAAGGUCAGCCGCUCUGAUGAUAAUCAACUAACCCAUGAAGAUAGAAGAAAUAAUCUAAGCAUAGAAGUGACCCAGAGGAAAAACACCAACAUCUGGAGCAUGUGGAACAGUGGAGAGCAGGAAACGGAUGAUGUCCAGAUCCUAAAUUAUACCGUCCCCCAAAAUGGAAUCUUUAAGAUUGAAUUCCCAAUCCUGAACAAUUCCAGUGAGCUAUACCUGAAGGCUUCUUUUCUUGAUAGUGUAAAUACUAUGGCAGUUCACGGCAUGUUCACCUCUCCUAGUAGGACCUACAUCCAGCUUAAAGUCAGACAUGAACAUGUCAAGGUGGGAUCCCCUUUUGAAUUAGUGGUUAGUGGCAACAAGCCAUUUGAAGAAUUAAGCUAUAUGGUAGUAUCAAAGGGACAGUUGGUGGCUGUCGGCAAACAAAAUUCCAGAAAUUUCUCUUUAACACCAGAAGCUUCCUGGACUCCAAAGGCCUGCAUAAUUGUGUAUUACGUUGCAGAUGAUGGGGAAAUUAUAAAUGAUGUUCUAAAAAUCCCUGUUCAGUUUGUUUUUAAAAAUAAGAUAAAUCUAUUUUGGAGUAAAUCUACUGCCAAGCCCUCUGAGAAGGUCUCUCUCAGGAUCUCUGUAACAGAGCCGGACUCCGUAGUUGGGAUUGUAGCUGUUGACAAAAGUGUGAAUUUGAUGAAUGCCUCAAAUGAUAUCACAAUGGAAAAUGCAGCCCACGAACUGGAACUUUAUAACACAGGCUAUUACCUAGGAAUGUUCAUGAACUCCUUUGCUGUCUUUCAGGAAUGUGGUCUCUGGGUGUUGACAGAUGCAAAUCUUGUAAAGGAUAACAUUGAUGGCGUUUAUGAGACCGCUGAGUAUGCUGAGCGGUUUGCAGAGGAAAGUGAGGGGAUUGGUUUUCAAGACUUUUCGCUGGUUAGCAAUCCACACAUCAGGAAGCACUUUCCAGAAACAUGGAUUUGGCUAGACUCCCACAUGGGAUCCAAGAUUUACCAAGACUUUGAAGUUACUGUACCUGAUUCCAUUACUUCUUGGGUGGCUACUGCCUUUGUGAUCUCAGAAGACUUGGGUCUUGGGCUAACAACUGCUCCAGCAGAGCUGCAAGCCUUCCAACCAUUUUUCAUUCACUUGAAUCUUCCCUACUCUGUUAUCAGAGGUGAAGAAUUUGCUUUGGAAGUAACCAUAUUCAACUAUUUGAAAGAUACCACUAAGGUUAUCGUGCUCAUCGAGGAUAGUGUUAACUUUGAUGUUUUAAUGUCUUCAAAUGACAUCAAUGAUACCACGUACCAGCAGACCGCUCUGGUUCCCAGUGAGGAUGGUGUCACCCUUCUUUUCCCUAUCAAACCGACACAGCUGGGAGAAAUUCCCAUCACAGUGAAAGCUGCCUCAUCCACUGCUUCUGAUGCGAUCACCCAAAAGGUUUUAGUAAAGGCUGAAGGCAUAGAAAAGUCAUAUUCACAGUCUGUCUUACUGGAUCUGACUGACAACAAAGUGCAAACUACCAUGAAAACUUUGAAUUUCUCGUUUCCUCCCGAUACGGUCAAUGGCAGCAGAAGAGUCUGGAUCACAGCCAUUGGAGAUAUUCUUGGCCCUUCCAUCCAUGGCUUGGCCUCACUGAUACGGAUGCCUUAUGGUUGUGGUGAACAGAACAUGAUAAAUUUUGCUCCAAAUAUUUACAUUUUGGAUUAUCUGACUAAACAGAAACAGCUGACAGACAAUUUAAAAGAAAAAGCCCUUUCAUUUAUGAGGCAAGGUUAUCAAAGGGAACUUCUCUAUCAGAGGGAAGACGGCUCCUUCAGUGCUUUCGGGGAUAGUGACCCUUCGGGGAGUACGUGGCUGUCAGCGUUUGUUUUAAAAUGUUUCAUGGAAGCUGAUUCCUAUAUAGAUAUUGAUGAGAAUGUGUUACAAAGAACGUAUAAUUGGCUGAAAGGACAUCAGAAAUCCAAUGGUGAAUUUUGGGAGCCAGGAAGAGUGAUCCACAGUGAACUUCAAGGGGGCAAUAAAAGCCCAGUAACACUUACAGCCUAUAUUGUGACUUCUCUCCUGGGCUAUAAAAAAUACCAGUCUGCUGUCGAUGUACAAGACUCUAUCAAGUUUUUGGAGUCUGAAUUGGACAGAGGAAUUUCAGACAAUUUCACGUUAGCACUUAUAACCUAUGCCUUGUCGUCAGUGGGGAGUCCCAAAGCAGAGGCCGCUUUGCACAUGCUGACCCAGCAAGCAGAAAAGGAAGGGGACAUGCAGUUCUGGUUGUCAUCAGCACCCACGCUUUCUGAGUCCUGGCAGCCACGCUCGCUGGAUAUUGAAGUUGCAGCUUAUGCGCUGCUCUCAUACCUGCAGCACCGUAUUUCUGAGGGGAUCCCGGUUAUGAGGUGGCUUAGCAGGCAGAGAAAUAGCCUUGGAGGCUUUGCAUCCACUCAGGAUACUGUUAUGGCCUUGAAGGCCCUCUCUGAAUUUUCAGCCCUAAUGCACACGGAAAAUACAGAUAUCCAAGUGACUGUCACAGGGGCCAGCGUAUCGGAACCUGUACACUUUCGGAUUGACACACACAACCGCUUUCUUCUUCACACGGCAGAGCUGACUGCGCUGGAGCCCACCGUCAUUGACAUUUCUGCUCACGGUUUGGGGUUUGCUCUUUGCCAGCUUAAUGUUGUUUACAACGUGAAAAGUUCAGGUUCUUUUAGAAGACGGAGAUCUAUUGAACAUCAAGACGCUUUUGAUUUAGAUGUUGAUGUGAAAGAUGAAGAUGAUGUCAACCACGUGAAUUUGAACGUGUGCACAAGGUUUUUGGGUCCAAGCAGGAGUGGCAUGGCCCUAAUGGAGGUUAACCUUCUCAGUGGCUUUACUGUACCUUCAGAUGCAAUUCCUCUGAGUGAGAUGGUGAAGAAAGUGGAGUAUGACCCCGGAAAACUCAACCUUUAUUUAGAUUCGGUAAAUGAAACCCAGUUUUGUGUUGAUAUUCCUGCUGUGAGAAACUUCAAAGUUUCAAAUACUCAAGAUGCUUCAGUAUCUAUAGUGGAUUACUAUGAACCAAGAAGACAGGCAGUGAGAAGCUACAAUUCCAAGAUGAAGCUGUCCUCAUGUGAGCUCUGUGGAGAAACCAGCUGCCAUCCAUGUGAGGAUGGAGCCGUGGGCUCCCUUCGACAUUCUUCUAGCCUCUUUGCUUUUUGUUUCAUCCUUCUGUGCUUGGUGGAACAUUUAUUAUGAUUUAUUUUUCCAAGGACUCCAUCUAAAACUAGCAUUUCCAGAAAGUCAAGUGUGAUUGUUUCCUUUCUACAACUGAUGAUUGCCGCUGAUGAUUUUGAAAAUCAAUUCUUUCCCUUUCUGAGGGGGUUCUGGGAAGUGUCUGCAACAGGCCGGAGCUUGUAGGCAUGCAAACCUCCCCAUCUGGUCUUUGUGUGGAAGACUAUCUGAAUGAUGACACUUGUGUCUCUUUAUUUUCCCUUCUCAGAAGGACUUUUUAAAGACGCAUUUGUUUUCUCCAGAAUAAAA